AUGGCCGAUCCCGGCGAGUCUCAGGCCUCGGAGAACAAGGCGUCAGUCAACCUCGUAGAGCUCUUCCAAACCGGGGAGAAUGGCAUUGAGCGUCGCAGAACCGAGAAUUUAUUUAAACAACUUGACGAGCGCCAGCUGACAGAGGAUGAACAAGCCAUUAUUCAGCAACGGGUAGAGUUGCAGCGGAAGAUGUUCCAGGAGUACGAGCGGCGAGAGAAACAGCGCAAGCUUCGUGAGCUUCAGGAGGUGUGUCCUGACCUGGAUGAAGAGGCCGCGAGGAGGGCCCUGGAGCUGUGCAACUGGAGGGAGGAGGCGGCGGCAGAGAAGAUCAGUUCCGAUCAGGCCUUCCUGCGGCGAGUUCUUUCGGGCGGUGUCGGAGGACCGGGGACAGGAGCAGCAGCGGAGUAUGCGCCUGCCCCCAGGCGGGAUCGGCCACGCAGCAGCAGCCGUGCGGCGGUGGGCCCGAGGCCGCGGUUGGUGGACCCGAGCCAGGUGGGCGCGGUCUUUGUGGGUCGCUUCAAAUCCCGCCUUGGGCCUCACCAAAUCAGUGCCAUGGGGCGACAACAGCAACCGCAACAGCAACAGACUCGUCGCGCCGGCAUCGCCGCUGCAGCUGGCAGCAACCACGGCCAGGCCGGGGCUGCGGCCGCCGGCUCACCCGCUACAGCGACCGCAGCUAGCGGUGGUGGUGCUGGUGGUAGAGGGGCACGAGGCGAUGACGCUAACGCGGUUAUGACGCCCAGGCUAGGGGCGGCGAAGUACGACCCACAUCAUCAUCAGCAGCUGCAGGAAGGCGAAGACGGUGAUGGAAAGGGUGCCGAUGGUGACGUGGAAAUGGCGGAUGUGGGCACGGCGAUGGAGUCAGAUGCUCUGGGAGAGGAGGGGCCAGGAGGAGGGGCUGAUGGGGAGCAGCAGCAGGAGGGCGGCAUGGCAGGAGCCACUAUCGUGGCGGAUGGUGGCGAGAGCGAGACAGAGGCCGAGGAAUAUGAGGGCGAGCAUGAAGGGGUAGAGGUCGAGGACCCAAACUCUGCAGACUAUUCCGACAAUGAGCUUCAGUACGAAGAUGACGUACUGCCGCCCGUCAUGAGUCCGCUGCUGGCGGGAAAGAGGGGUCGGCGGGUGUCGGAGGCGGAUGGCGAGGAACAUGAUGUCCAUCAGUCUGCGGGUCUCGCCGCCGAUGCCGCCGCCACGGCCAUGCCCGUCGAAAUCGGAUCGGCGGAAGGGCGACGGAGCGCGGAGCCGUCGGGGUCGGGACCUGCUUCGGGCGGACGAGCAGCUAUGACGGCGACGGCACAACAGCCGCUGCAGCAAGGCCACGAACUUCAAGGUCCCCACGACCUGAACGUUUCAGGCGCUUUGGCUGCUGCGGCGGCGACGGCGGCAAUAACCUGCGAAGACGAAGAGGUAAACAGCCCCGCGCGGAGAGCCCACGCGGCAGCGGCGGCGGCAGCAGCAGUGACUGCUACAGUCGCCGCCGCAACCACCUCUGCCGAUCAGCCGAUGGCACUCGCGGCACAUAGGCCGCGGCGCGCGAAGGCUGAUCUGGCGGCAGCGAUACGGCAUGCUGCGGCGGUGGAUGAAGAUAGCGAUGAAGGGGAAGCGAAGGAGGGGGGACGGAGGGCCGGCGGCUCGGAGACCGCCAGUGACGGCGGUGAUUCGGAUUUUGAGCUGGGCAGUGGCGGCGGAGGACGGCGCGGGGCAGCUGCGUCGUACGGUGCCACGUCAUCGUCCAACCCUGCCUUCCCCGGUAUUUCGGGGCACCCUCAUCUAGUCACCCUAGUCCACUUCUCAGUGGAUCGUUCAGGUUCCGCACCCACCACCGGCAUCCAACGGAAUCUGCCGGAUCAAUGGCAGAGGCUCAACUCCAUUCCUGGCGCAGCAGCAGGCGCGCGACGGCAGCAACAACCGCGGAAACGCACCGCCAGUGGCGGCGGUGCUGGCGGCACCGCUGCAACGCGCGCUACUCGGCAACGCGCAGCCGCUGCCGUGGCGAUGGCAGCGGCGGCGGCGGCCCCACAGCUGCGGCCCAUGGAGGCCCCAACGGCAGCGGCGGACGCCGGAGCCGCGGCAGCGUCAGCGGAAGUAACCGACGGCGGCGGUGCGGGGCCGUCGGGCCGUGGCGGUGCCGACGAGGCGGCAGCGGCAGCGGUGAUGCCGACAGCGGCGAUGGCAGCAGCCAACGUUCCUUGUGAAGAUGACUCCGAAGCCACAAUGACCGAGGAGGAGUCACCGGGGGGCCGAACUAAGCGGCGAGCUAAGAGCAAAAAGGGGAAAGGAGGCUACAUCUUCCCGGCGGGCUUCAGGGCCCAGACGUUGUUUCGUUCCUCGGUCGACCUGGACAGCCUCACCCUGCACACCUGUGAGAUCCUGGGCGAGUGCGGGCAGUACUGGCCCGCGCCCACUUUUGUGGUGACGGCGGCCGACAGACCUGAUGAGCCCCUGGUGGCGAAGAGCUGCACAGGCUGCUGGACGGCGGUGCUUCGCCGCAUCAAUGGCGAGAUUGAGGGUCGUAGGGCUGCAGGGGAGGACCUCCCUCCCCCCCCCAAGACUGCGAUCGCCGGUCCUGAGUACUUCGGAUUGAACCAGCCAGAGAUUUGUGCCGCCAUCGAGGCGCUGGACGUGGAGAGGAAGUGCACCACCUACUGGUGGUCCGCCGUUACCCGCGCGGAGCGGUACCGCAAGCGGUGCGAGGAGGCGGGUGAGGACGCCGCGGCUCUCCUGGAGCAGUCCCUGCGCGAUAAUCCCCUCCCUGGAUUUCUGGAUCCAAUUACGUUGGAGCCGGUGGUUAAUCCCGCUAUCUCCCCAUACGGCCACGUCAUGGGGUUGGCCACGUGGAAGGCCGUACUGGCCGAGAAUCGCCGGUGCCCCUUCACCAAGCAACCCCUCAAAGUGGAGGCCCUGACCGUACUGACCAAGAACAACAUUGAGCGGUACCGCAGCCGCAUUAUCCAACAGUAG